AUGACCGCGGAUAAAAAGAAAGCUGUUUCUGAUAAUGAAGAAACCUUUACGUCUAAGAUACUUCGGUUUUGGGAAAACUGUAAAUGGAUUAUAUCCCCGGCUAGUAGGCGCAAGAACAAUCUCCCAGCAGAAAAGGUAAAGAAACCGAACCUAUUUGGGUGGACAAGGAAACUUCUUAAAGAGCGUAUAUUCGGGCAGACACGCAACCGUAAUGCUGGUACGGAGGCACUGACUUCAGAAGACUGCCCAAAGAGCAGUUCCGCGAAAAGCGAGAAACUUGGUCUAAGUACACAAGCUCUUCGACUUAAACUCCGUGAACAUUCGGAUCAACAUGAACCGGAAGUUCCCGUCUCGAUAUCCAGUCUUCUAAAUGGAAGACACUUCGGUAAAGCAGAGCAAAUAUUCAGGAGGCUCGGCAAUGAAUCCAAUCCGGGUGAGCGCGACGGGAGACGCUUAUCUGUACCCGUUAAUCUAGAUUGUCACGAGCUGAACAGCGAUGAUACCUCAACUCCCUUCACGACACUUUCGCAUUCAAACAGUCCUUGCUGUUCAGCUCUAAGCACCAGCGGCUAUCAGACCCCCACGUCAUGCAGAUGCACGCACUGGAACGUCUAUCCGGCCAAACAUUUUCGAAGGAGUUUCUAUUCACAAGGGUCGCGUCUAUCGUCCACUGAUGGCGGUAAGGCUAAUCUGAAUACCGAGAAUAGCCCAGAGUCACCAGAAAGACUACUACACCGAAACUGCCCCUUUAAAACCAGCUGGCACGAAGAUGCUGACUCCUUCCGCAAAAAAUCCAGUAGGCGUCGUCUAGAUAGCGGCACGUCUCGCCGGCACACACGCGGCCAGCGGUCGUUUCAUUGUCAUCGGUUUGGCUGUACCUCUUUCCCGUUAACUCUAAAGAAACGAGAUGUCCUCUGUACAUGCCAGUUAGAUUACUUAGGCUUUAAUAAUCACUUGUGCUCAGCUAACUCCACAUUCUGUUGGAAGUCGCGGUCAUAUUCACCUGUUUGUCCGCGAGUUACACAUGGAAACUCUAACGCCACUUACUGCAUAAAUACUCCUGACGAUAAACAAACUCCGCCUUCAAACGACUGUCUUGGGUGUCAUUGUUUCUGUCAUGGGCGUCUCUCAAAGCCGGAGCAUUUUUGGCAAGAGCAUCGCAUCCUUAAAUGUUCCUCUCGGAACUCUGACACGUCAACUGGAAAAAGUAUUUUGAGGCGUGACGUAGGUACAUCGACCGCUGAUCUGAUUGAAACUGGAAAUAUCCAACUGAGUAAAGAAUUGUCAGUAGAUAAAAUCUGCAACACCAGAGAACCUCUCUCGAAACGAGAUCUCGGAUUCGAACCCGCGUUCAGCUCCUCGAAACAAACCCUUCAACAGAACACCAGCUCUCUUCAUAGAGCUAAGACGGGAAGCCGCACUUCGGAAAUUCUUCAAUCUAGUGAUCUUUAUAAAGACUGUUCUAGAAGUCUAAACACUGCAAACUCGUCUAGGAAAGCCGUUGCCGACAAAGUAAAAUUCCAAUUCAUGCCUUCAAGUGAUGAAAAACGCACCGAGGCACAUGGAAUAACUCCUUUCAAAUACGAGAACACUGGCGAACUUAAUUUCUCAAAUUUGCACUCCGUUUCAUGUCCCCUUCCUGCGCAUCAGCUGGAAUCCCUGACACCAGAUGCUAAUGAGAUAGUUCAACCCUUGCCAGGAUACAGUACGCUCUCUGAAGGCCUGGUGCCAAAAUCUCAAAAUGUUCACCCGAUUACGAAAAAUGCGGCACACGACACUGUCACUGAAACUAAUUCAAACUCAAGACGACCGCUUGACAUCGGUCACGAAAAACUUAAGAUUGAGGAUGAAAAUGGCCAACUUUCUGACGACUGUCGUGUGAGGCGGCGUCUUAAAGCGGCUGCUAUUCUCAAUAACUGGGCUGAUAUUUCUAAGCUGAAGACUGAAGGUCUCGCCAGUCAUGGCAGCUCGAACCAGAAAGCUGCUUGUGGAUCGGUUCUUGACUUCAGAUACGGUAGUUUUAAUAAAAGCAUGUCUCGCUGCCGCAGCUUAAAAUCUAAACCAGAGCUGGGAGCACUGGAAACACUAGCUCGGUAUUUUGCCUCUACGCCAAAAAGGGAAGGUUCGCAAAUGAAAGAAAAAUGUCCCCCAUGUGCUUCUAGAAAUCUUUUGAACGUAGCCGAAGAGACCACGACCUUCACAAACGCAACUAAGUUCCCUGAUCUUGCAGCCUGUUCUAAAAGCAAAAACCAAACUCUUCCUGGAGAGUCAGCAACCACUGCCUUCUCGGAUUGUUCACGCUUUCAAUAUCCAUCAAAUCUGGCUCAUUAUACAUCGAGCGACAUUUUCCCUCGGCCAAGUUUCGAAAAAACAUUAAGUCUGAGUGAUCCUGCUUCUCAGACUAACCAAAAUACAAACGUUUCCUUAAAACAAAUUCCGACCGACAAUAAUUCAUUAGUGUCGGAGUCACAGAACCGAAUACCAUGGUUCGCGAUGAACUUGACAAGCUGCUCGAAAAUUUCCAAUACUGGUUAUUGUUCAGCUUCUCUUAACGCUGAUGAAUCGGAGUCUAGAAUUAUCGAUAAUCCAAAAGCUUCAGUGUCCAAUGGCUUAAAGUUUCGUAGGAGUUCUUUAUCUACAAGAUUUUCCAUUCACGGUGACUUUAAAAGCGACGAACACGAGACUUCGUAUUUCCCGAAUUCGGACAAUGACGUUUUUGAUACGGAAUCUUACAAGUAUGACUACCUUCCUUUACAUCAGCUGGAAGAAACGCUUCCUUUUCCAGUUAUUUAA